CUGCUGGAGGUGUAAUGGAUGUUAACACCGCCCUGCAAGAAGUGCUUAAGACCGCACUCAUCCAUGAUGGCCUUGCUCGUGGUAUUCGGGAAGCAGCCAAAGCCCUGGACAAACGUCAAGCCCAUCUCUGUGUUCUGGCUUCAAAUUGUGAUGAACCUAUGUACGUAAAGCUAGUUGAAGCACUUUGUGCAGAACACCAGAUCAACCUAAUAAAGGUUGAUGACAACAAAAAACUGGGCGAAUGGGUUGGUCUCUGCAAGAUCGACAGAGAAGGAAAACCUCGCAAAGUGGUGGGCUGCAGCUGUGUGGUUGUCAAGGACUAUGGCAAGGAAUCUCAGGCCAAAGAUGUCAUCGAAGAGUACUUCAAGUGCAAGAAAUGAAUUGAGAAAUAAAUAUUGGGCCUGA